CCGAGUCUCAAGAUCGAUUCUGCUUCUCUGCGUUUUCUUAUCCUCCCUCAGAAGCUCAAGCACACAAGUCUCCUCUUCAAUGGAGGCCACAAUUAGCCUUCCCAAUGUUCAUGCGCAACCCAGCGUUUUGCCAGCGAAACCUCUCAGACCUUUCAGUUUCAGAGUUUCGAUCAAGCCUCCGCCUCCAGAUUUCAAUUACAAGUUACAAAUUUCGGAUGAGUCCAGAGCCACGAUUGCUGAGUCUCAUCCUGAGUUGCUCGAUUUAGCCGACAACGGGAGCUUGCUUUUGAUUCAGAAGAAGCAGUUUGGUCCUGUUCCUUCAUGGAGGUCAGAAUUUGUGGAGCCUGAGGCGAUCUGGUUACGAACCACUCACAUUUCUAAGGAGUCGGCCACGGACGUCGAGCGCGUGGUGCGAGCAGUGAAUCCGGAUAACGUGGUUGUCGAGCUUUGCAGAAGCAGAGCUGGGAUCAUGUACGCUUCUGCUGAUGGCAGCGUUGGAAAACAGUUACAGUCUAAUAUGUUCUUGAGUGGGACUGGGUUUUUUGGUGCUGUUGGACGAAGCAUAAACUUGGGUGUUCAAACUGCCUUAGCAUUACGGUUACUCCUGGCUGCUUUUUCAUCAAAGAUCUCUUCUGAUGUUAACCGCCCUUUUGGUGAUGAGUUCCGUGCUGCUCGAAAGGCAUCUGAAGAAGUUGGCGCACAAAUAGUUUUGGGAGAUCGGCCAUUGAAAUAACUGUAUGUGCAUGGCGUGGAGGGCUUGAAAUGGACAGAGAAACUAAGCUUAUUGAUCUCUGUUGUUCGUGGGAUAACAUCAUCAUCGGGCAUUUCCUCAAAUAAGCUUGAGGAAGAACCAAGUUCAGAGGAUGAGGGUACAUUUCAGCUUUAUAAGCAACUGAGUUUUUCCUACCCAUCACUGUUGCAGCCUCUUCUACAUGAAAGAGAUACUUACCUUGCAUGGUCAUUGAAGAGGAGCAAAGCGGUGAAUAACUGUAAAAAGGUGGUGGGUGUAAUAGGAAAGGGGCAUAUGAACGGUGUAGUGUAUGCUCUAAUAUCUGAUCAAGAAUUAAGGUUCAGAGAUCUUGUAGGUCAAAACCCUAAUAAUGGAGGUUCCAGCGGCUGGAUCGAUGGUCUUCUCAAGAGUUUAGUGAGAGACACAAUCAUCGGCUUCCUUUUGUGGGCCUUAUAUGAACAGAUAAAUGGAGUUUAAAGUUAACAUAUUUUUCCCCCCUCAAUUUAUGCGUGUCAAGCCAAUCUUCUCUGUAUCAUUCUAAUUUUAUGGACAGCGAAUAUCUUUUUGAUCAUAUAUAUCUCUGCUUCUUUA